ACCCAGUGGCAGACAUUCAUUGCCCACAAGGGAAAGCAUUCCUUAUCUAUUUAAAGAUAAUUUAUUUAUUCAGUUCUGAACAGCACAGUACCUGAGUGAAGAUGACCAAUCUUUCUGAAAUAAAAGGAAAAUAUAUGAGAAAAAUAAUUUGCACACUGAUGCAGCAAGACAGAAGUCUGAACUUCUAUUAUUAUUGGUAUAAUACGUACUUGAACAUCUGAUCCUGUCAUAAAACUAAUCUUCUCUUGUACUUUGCAGACCAAGUUAUUUAAAGGCAAAUCAUAGCAACCCCGGUAGGUAAAUUGCCCAGUGCUAUGUGUCAUCGAGUAUCACCUCCCAUUUAGUUUUCUAUAAAAGCCAUUAGCUAGCAAUGAUCACACUGAUAAGCCAGCUUACUGUAUCCUUUCCUUCCUUACAGAAAUAAGCAGAGCCUCAUGGACCAACUGGGGAGAUUCACUCAAUUGGAUGCUAAAGGAAAAUUGGAAAAGAUACGACUGUACUUAAUAAAGAAACUGCAACCAUGUUUGGAAGACAGAAGGAGGUAUCACCAGGAGUUUGCCUCAUCCACUUCAUUUCAUGGAGUGCACAAUAUUGUCCGAAGGCGGAGCAGGACACACAGAGGGCUGUGGCUACUAGUGGUCACAGGCUGUCUUGGCAUCGUCAUUUGGCAAAUCUGCAGUCGCUUUACCUAUUACUUCAGCUGGCCAACCACAACCACAGUGGUAGUUCAGUACGUGGAAAACGUCAAAUUCCCUGCUGUGACUUUUUGCAACUUGAACAGGUUUCAAGCUCAUGCAGUGAGCAACCUCCAAGUCAUUUUUCUCCUUUGGAACAUUGUUUCUGGAGUUGUCCAAAAAUUCGCUAUGGAAGAUAAAUAUUCUCAAGAGAUAAAUGAGUUCCUUCUUGGAAACCAGAACUUCAGCAUUAAAGAGUUUACAAGGAAAAAUGGGUUUUAUCUAAACCACAGCACAUUGCUAGAAUGUGAAUUCUUUGGAAAGGCAUGUCACCCAGAGGAUUUUGAACAUGUUUUCACUGAAUACGGAAACUGCUUUACUUUUAAUUACAAUGGUCUUCCAGCAAGAAGUGUGAGUUUGUCUGGAAGAGGCUUACGUUUACUUUUUGAUGUCCAGCAGGAGCAAUUCACUGAUGAUCCCGCCCUUGGUUAUACUGACGCUGGUAUCACUUUUGUUAUCCAUUCACCCAAAGAGGUUCCACGCUUUGAUGGUUUAGGCUUAUUAACACCAGUCGGCAUGCAUGCACAGGUCGCAAUCCGCCAGCUGAAGUCAAUUAUCCAAGAAUACCCAUGGGGAGAGUGCAAGCCUGAUAUAAAGCUUCAGUACCAGAAUAUUUAUAGUACUAAUGGCUGUUUGCAGGAAUGCAAGGCCCGGUACAUACAGGACUGGUGUGGCUGUUUGCCUUUCAUUCUCCCAGGUAAUGGAACUGAAUGUGAUUUGCUGAAGUUUUACAACUGUGUUUAUCCUGCAGUCUAUGAUAUAGAGAUAAAAGGAUUGUGUACAGUAGGAACUCAUAAUUCCACUUGCCCUGCCCCUUGUGAAGAAAUGGAAUAUCCUACCACUGUCACCUAUUCAAGUUUUGGAGGAGAAAAAGCCAUAAAAUACAUUUCUGCAAAACUGAAGAAAAGCCCAGAAUACAUCAGGCAGAACCUUGUGCUUAUUGACAUUAAGUACCAUGAUCUGAACUACAAAAUAACUCAGCAGCAGAAGGCCUUGUCUGUAUCUGAGUUGCUUGCUGAUGUAGGUGGCCAGCUUGGAUUGUUUUGUGGUGCCAGUAUGAUUACACUCAUAGAACUGCUUGAGUAUAUUUUUACUAAUUUCUGUUGGAUGUGCAUCUUUCUUCUACUGAAAGCUCCUGAAAUGCCUCAAUGGAAUAAUCCAUCCCAGAACCAACCAACACACAAGGAGAAAAAUACAGGAAUACAAGAAUGUUAGUGGCUUGUAGACUCACAAAACUAAUUGUUUCUGUUACUUUCCUGCCUUUUUAAGAUGCAAAGGAGACAGUAAUAUCUUCCAAGGCUCCCUUCCUUUAUUCUUCCUGCUU